AUCCCAAAUGGCUAUGAAUGUUAGGUUUUCAUGAUGAACCGUGUGAAUACAUUCAUAUUUAGAGAUGCAACAAGAAUUCUUCAAUGAGAUCAUGAGUAUGUCACAAGGAACCAUUAGUCAAAAAAAUGUCCACUUAAUUGGUCAAAAGACAAACAAGAGGGUCAUCAGCACCUGGCCAGGGUAUAUAAAGGGCCCAGAGAAGGAAGAAGACAUCACACCUGAGAACCUCCAACUCCUCUCAAGUCCUCAACACUACUCCAGCCCACACUCCACCAUGACCGGCUCCUGCUGUGGCUCCUUCUCCUCCCAGAGCUGUGGAGGCUGCUGCCAGCCCUGCUGCAGCCGCGACCCCUGCUGCUGCCGCCCCGUGUCCUGCCAGACCACCGUGUGCCGCCCCGUGACCUGUGUGCCCCGCUACACGCGCCCCAUCUGUGAGCCCACCGGCCGCCCCAUCUGCUGCGACCCCUGUGGCCUGCAGGAAGGCUGCUGCCGCCCCAUCACCUGCUGCCCAACGUCCUGCACGGCCGUGGUCUGCAGACCCUGCUGCUGGGCCUCCACCAGCUGCCAGCCCAUCAGUGUGCAGGCGCCCUGCUGCCGCCCCCACUGCUGCCAGCCUGCGCCCUGCCGCACCACCUGCAGGACCUCCUGCUGCAACCCCUGCUGCUAAGAAGUGAGCUGACUCCCGAGCAAGCAAUCAACCUUCUGAAACUUGAAUUUCCAUUUCUCUACCUAACAAACUCCUGACCUGAGCCACCAAGACCCUAAACCAACCUGCCUGCGAAAGGAGACCUGAGCUCAUCUCUUAAGACUUGGGAUGAUCUCAAGUCUCUGAAUAGAAGUAAUGUCCUUAUUUCCAUCUUGGAUCUAAGGUCUUGGGGGAUGCUUAUUUUCUAAUAAACUUGACUUCUUUGGCCUCACAAAUGCUGCUUUGGCUUUAUUUACUAAUGCUAAAUGUUACAUUAAAUUUCAACUCAGUGAAAACUGUGCUGGUUGCCUACCAUCUGCAUGGUAUACCAGAGACAUUAAAACUGACCUAAAAAUGUUCCCCUCUCUUUAAAACAUUUCUAUGGGGAUGAGUGAAAUCCACCAUAAUUUGACAAAAGAGUAUCGUAUGAAAAAAUAAAAGUAAAAUAUACUACACAGUGUCACCAGAUAAGUCACUGUUGAUUGGAGAGAACAAGAAAGAUUGAAAGAAGCUAGAGUUUUCUAUGAGUUAAGGUUCUGGCAUCCAGGAAGGGCACCAAAACUAUGGGCAAAAUUACAGAGGGAGGUACCAUAGAGUCGUGCAGAGGAAAGUCAGGUUAGGAGCACUGGAUAUAUGUAGAGUGAUAGUAUAAGAAAAAUUUGAAAAAUGUGUAUGAUUUACAUAUUAGUCAAAGGAGUGGGUAAGCAAACACUAAGGGGCUGUUGAAAGCUUUGGGGCAGGAAUUGACAUGAUGGUAUGAAGUCUAUGGAAGCUCCUUAAAAUGACAGAGGUCAAGUCCACAGAUUUAAAAAAAAAAUACAGAAACUAAUCAGGAGGCUAUUGCCCUGGUGCAAGUGACAUAAGAGCUGAAUUAAGAUGAUGGCUGUGGAUUAAGAACACAUGAUGAAUAUGACAGAUUGGAAGCCCAGAAAGCAUAUUCACUAAGUUGGAUACAGGAAACAUGGAAUGA